AUGAGAAAAUGUAUUCCAGUACAAGAACGGUUUGCAAUUGCUCUCAGAUUUUUAGCAACCGGAGAUAGUUACACAAGCCUUUCAUAUCUUUUCAAAGUAUCUAUCCAAACAGUUUCAAGUUGUGUCACGGACGUUUGUAAAGCAUUGAUAAAAGAACUAUCACAAGAAAUAAAACUGCCACGGACAUCAUCUGACUGGUUAAGGAUAGAGAAAGGAUUCCGCAGAACUUGGAAUUUUCCUCACUGCUUAGGAGCUAUCGACGGAAAACAUGUGCUAAUACAAAGUCCUAUUCAUAGUGGAUCUGAGUUUAUCAACUAUCACAAAACAUUCAGUGUUGUAUUAAUGGCUUUAGUCGACGCGGAUUACAAUUUUAUUUUUGUGGAUUGUGGGUGCCAGGGCCGAAUAAGCGAUGGUGGUGUAUACAGAAACACCAACUUAUAUAAACAAAUCUGUAGAAAGGAAUUGGGUUUUCCACCGCCAGACUGCUUACCGCUGAAAGUAACACCUCUACCUUACAUAUUUGUUGCAGACAGUGCAUUUGCUCUAACGGAAAAUAUGAUGAAACCUUACGCUGGAACUCAUAAUAAGGGAUCUAAAGAACGCGUGUUUAAUUACCGCCUUUCACGAGCUCGACGGAUUGUUGAAAAUGUCUUUGGCAUUAUGUCUGCGGUGUUUAGAGUACUAAGAAAACCCAUGCUUUUACAACCAGAUAUUGUAACUGAUAUUGUGAUGACAUGUGCAUUGUUACACAAUUUUUUGAGACGGUCUAAAAGGUCUAGACUUAUAUAUACCCCUCCUGGAUCCUUUGAUACCGAAAAUGAUGAUGGCGAGAUUCAGCCCGGUUCUUGGCGUGAUGACCAAAAUGGAGUUGCUUCCCUACUACCACUCCAAAAUCGGCCAAGAAGAGCACCUCUUUCCGCCAAGAAUAUAAGAGACCAGCUUGCAGAAUAUUUUAUAACAAACGGUGCGGUUGCCUGGCAAAAUAAUUAUUAA